UGGGAUAUGUGUUUCGUCUCGUGGCGCACAUGCUUUUGCAGACCCAUAUAUAGCACCUUGGCUUGCGGCUGGGGUGUGCGUACGCCGACAUCUUCACGACCGUCUCCUCCCUCCCGCCAGGCUUCCAUUCAGCAUGCACAUUAGCCUUCCAUUCCGCUCUGCCCCGUCCGCAGAGUUCGUAUACCCGCACCUCGAUAGUUUGCAGCACGUGUGGAAGCGUGUCUACGAGCAUGUUAUGGGCCGCGGUGACACCUACAAGAGAGAGGCGUUUAAUGGCAUGCAUGACGAGAGUAGGAUCAUCGAUCCUGAGAUAUAUGCAGACCUACGGGUUAGCCACGAUACAUUGAGCUUUGAACGGGACAGUCUAAUGGAGACACUUGAUGACCCCACGAACAUUUCCGCAGAGCUCGUUUCAGAAGCAUACGCAUAUAAAUGUAAAGCAAAGCUGCUUCACAAAGAUGUAUUAAAGGCAUUGGAAGCUGCGGAGAGAAAGCCAACGCCCAUGUCGUCCCCGCCAAACACGCUGAGACUGUUCAAAUUUCCGGACGAGUCGGCCACAUCUGUGACGGACUCGUCGCUGUACGGUUAUGACAUCGAUUUGGUGAAACCGAGGCUUUGAGGCCGAGUCGGAGUCGAAACUGCUUUCUUGCGGGUCCUGAAAGUUGUAUACUAUGACUGCCAUGAUAAUGUAUGGAUCCAUCCUGACGAACUAUUACUUGCCGGCGGAACACUGGUCAU